AUGUCGACUACCAUUGAGGACUAUCAACUUGCGGCACUCGCUGCAGGUUUUACGCUCGGCUUUGGGUUUCUGACGGUAUGGGAGGCUGUCAAGCAGACACGGCGGAACCAUAGCCCAUUACGGUCGGCCUAUAUCUACAUGAUAUGGGGAGAGAUUUUAGUCAACUUCAUCAUUGGCGUUAUUGGGUGGUUAUUCCUCAACGGCAAACUUGGGCCUAGUGUACCCGUUCUCUUCGCUAUCCUCUUCUUUUGGGUCUUUGAAAUUCAACUUCUCAUGCAAAUUAUCAUCAACCGCAUCGCCCUCAUCGCCGAACACCGCAGCACAAUCUUUAAGCUCAAAUGGGGCACUGUCCUCAUCAUCACCACCAUCAACAUCGCCGUCUUCUGCAUCUGGAUCCCCUCGCACACCGUGCCCCCCGUCAGCAAAACCUUCGUCACCAUAAACGCCGUGUGGGACAAAAUCUCAAAAGUCAUCAUCCUCGCCGUCGACGCAGGCCUAAAUUACUACUUCCUCCGCACCGUCAAACUGCGCUUAGUACAACGACACGGUCUCACAAAAUAUGCGCCCCUCGUCGGCUUCAACGGCAAACUCAUGGUUUUGUCAAUCGCCAUGGACGCCCUACUGAUCGGUUUGAUGUUCCUCCCCAACCAGGUCGUUUACAUACAAUUUCACCCCGUUGUCUACAUGAUCAAACUCAACAUUGAAAUGUCAAUGGCCUCGCUCGUCGUGCGCCUCGCAAGAGGUAGACCCCAAAACGACAUGGACACCGAACCUUUCCCCAGCCACAGCUAUCCCAACUCGCACUCGCUGUCCGCUACUACACCCAGCCAGAAACGCGAAUCUGUAAUCUUCACUAGCAGUGUCAGUCGUGCGAAACGUCAGUCAACUGGCACGGGGCUCGCCCAGAUUGGGAGCGAGGACCAUUUGGAGAGGGGGAUUCAGCGUAGGAUGGAUAUUUGUGUCAAUGUUGUGCAGCAGGACAAGGAAUUUGCCGAGGCGAGUAAUAUGUGUGUAGGGACGAGCUUGCAGUGUAGUCAUGAGGCGCCAUUGACGCCGGGCGCGUUUGGGGAUGAGAUGCCAUUGCAGAAGCAUGGGUGA